AUCUUGGAAAUAAUUGAAAAAGAAAUACUAUUGAAAAACGUAGGAAAUUUAUGGCCAAUAGAGAAAAGCAUGCAAAAGUAUUUAGGUAGAAUAGUGGGCUGAUAUCUUUUAUAAUGAAUCCCCCAAGUGCUGAGGCAGUGGCUGCACGGAAUUUCAGAGAGUUUUUAAUGCUGUACAACAAAUUGACGGAAAAUUGCUUCAGUUCCUGUAUAACUAACCUAAAUCAAAGAUCACUAACAAGCGAAGAGACAUCCUGUGUAGAAGUAUGUUCCAGCAAAUGGGUUAAUCUGAAUCAUCGACAGAUGUCAGUUUUCAUGGAAGUUGGUCCUUUGGCAGAAAAGAGACUAGGAAUGGGACAGCCAUCUUGAAUAAAAAACUAAUAAGAACACUAAAUCAAGACCUCUAAAAAGAACUUAUGGGAAGAACAAGACAGUGUCCACUUCGAUGAUUUGUAAAAAAACAAAUUUAUGAUGCUAUUCUUGCUUGAGCAGUCCUAACUCACAGAUAGACCCUAACCCUGAUAUUUUAUACCUAAACUACCAUAAUCCUGUACAAAGUCUCUUUUUGUUUUUAAAUAUUAAAACUUUGAGAAUACCAAGAUAAUAGUGAAAAUUAGCAUGGCCAAAAAGAUACCAAAAUGAUUGAACUGUUAUGCAAAAUGCCAUCAUGCUUGACACCUACAGAGUCCAUGUGCCUGGAAUAGCACAAAACCAUGUGUGCUUUAUGUGCAUAUGUAGGCAUAGUUGUUAUUAUUGAAAGACUUUUAAUACUAGAUUUGCUUUCUAUAGAAAACAAUAACCUUGGCCAGGAUACCCUGGUUAUUCAUCUUAAGUCAAGGGGGGAGGGGGGUGAGGGUGGGCAAGAGGGAGGUCAGUCAGAAGGCUGUAGUAAACUAUUUAGGAUUACCAAAUUCUUCAGCAACUUCAGUGUAAAAAGUUUAAAAGUAGUGUAAGAAAACGUAGGAGCUGGAGUUAGCCAUUUUCAUUGUCCCCCAAAUUCAAUCAAUUCACAUCAUUAUCAGUUUUCAAAAUUUUAAUGUUUUUUUUUGAAGAGUGUUUUGUUUUUCAUUUUUCCUUUAAUUUAUCACAUUAAAGGGUAAGAUAUAGUACCCAUCAUGCGUAAAUAUCCAAGUCCGGUCCAAAGUGUAAAAUAAGCUACAUUAAAUGCCAACCUUACAA